AUGCACCCCGAGCGCCCCGACCGCGUGCGCGCCGUCAUGGCUCGCCUGCAGGCCGCGCAGCUGGCGGGGCGCUGCCGGCGGCUGCCUGCGCGGGAGGCCACGCCGGCCGAGGUGCAGGCCUGCCACAUACCCGAGCUGCUGGAGGCGGUGGAUGUGCUGUCGGAGCAGGCGCGGCUGCAGGGCGGCGCAGGGCUGCACUUCUCCCCAGAUACGUACGUCAACCAGCACACUGCGAUGUGUGCCAAGCUGUCUGCCGGGGCGUGCGUGGACGUGGCGGCAGCGGUGGUUCGCGGCGAGGCGCGCGCGGGCGUGGCGGUGGUGCGCCCCCCCGGCCACCACGCCGAGAGCAACACGGCCAUGGGCUUCUGCUUCUUCAACAAUGCGGGCAUCGCGGCGCGCGCAGCGCAGGCCGCGGGCGCCGAGCGCGUGCUGGUCCUGGACUGGGAUGUGCACCACGGCAACGGCACGCAGCACAUCUUUGAGGGCGACCCCUCGGUGCUCUACAUGUCGCUGCACAGACACGACGGCGGCUCCUUCUACCCCGGCACCGGCGCGGCGCACGAGGUGGGUGAGGGCGAGGGCGCGGGGUACACCGUCAACGUGCCCUGGCCCUGCGGCGGCAUGCGCAACGGCGACUACCUGGCUGCCUUCCACCACCUGCUGCUGCCCAUCGCCUACGAGUACGCCCCCGACCUCGUCAUCAUCUCUGCCGGCUUUGAUGCGGCGGAGGGGGACCCCAUCGGCGGCUGCCACCUCACCCCCGAGUGCUACGCCCACAUGGCGGCCCAGCUGCAGCUGGUGGCCCCCACCGUGGCGCUCCUGGAGGGAGGCUACAACCUGCUGUCCACAGCCAAGGGCACAGAGGCGGUGGUGCGCGUGCUGCUGGGCGAGCGGCCGCCGGCGCUGCCGCCCGGAGAGCAGGCGGCGUGUGAGUACGGCAUGGCGGCGGUGGCGCAGGUGCGGCGGCCGGGCGCUUGUUCGGGGAGGGCUGGGGCUCAUGUUGGCUGGUGGUGUGGCUGGGGCGCGUGCCGGCCGGCGGGGCCGGCUGGCGGGGCUGCCGUGGGCCGCAGCGGCGGGGGCGGAUGGCUGGGUGGCUGGGGGAGUUGUUGCGCGGUGGCGGCCAGCCACAGGCAAUGUUGA